UUUGGCACAUGUGCUUGACAAACAUGUAAACAUGUGGUAGGUUGUUUAGAACAGGACAACGUGCCAUGGGAUUGUGAGCAUCGUAAUAGCAAAAAUACUUGAAUUUGUAACAAAAUUAAAGACUAUUGACUCUAGACUGAUCGUGUUAUUGGUUUUUGUUUGUUCGCUAUGAGUUUCCGUGGACGCGGUGGUGGCGGUGGAGGCGGUGGAUUUGGUGGACGAGGUGGCGGUGGUGGUGGAUUUGGAGGACGUGGUGGCGGUGGUGGCGGAUAUGGUGGACGAGAUAGCGGUGGCCGCGGUGGUUUCGGUGGUCGCGGUCGCGGCGGUGGCCGAGGCUUCGGUUCAUGGGGUGACGAGGGUCCCAAGAAUGUCGUUCCACUCGGAUUUUACGAUUACCCGUGCCAGGAGGAUUUGAUCGCAAAGGUGGAUAUACCAAAUGUUCCAUUCUUCAAUGCACCCAUCUAUAUGGAAGGAGAGAAGCUGAUCGGCAAGGUCGAUGAGAUCUUUGGCUGUGUGAAAGAUUUCUACGUAUCGAUCAAGCUGAAUGAUAACAUGAAACCGGACGGGUUCCAGCCGAAACAGCAGCUGUUUAUCGACUCGGCGAAAUUGAUGCCCAUUGCCCGAUUUUUACCUGGCAAUCAGACUAAACGACCUGGUGGUCGCGUGGGCAAACCGGGUGGCCGUGGUGGUGGCGGUGGCUUCCGCGGCAGAGGAGGCGGUGGCGGUGGUUUCCGUGGCCGAGGAGGUGGUGGUGGCGGCUUUGGCGGUGGUGGUGGUGGUGGUUUCCGUGGUCGCGGAGGAGGUGGAGGACGUAAUGGUGGUGGUGGCGGUGGCGGUGGCGGCGGCGGUGGUGGCUUCCGUGGUCGUGGAGGUGGAGGAAAUCGGAGGUAAUUUGAUGAUAGUCUCACGUGUUCACUACACAAAUCCCUACACUGUCCCCGUAUGCAAUUUGAUUAUAAGUGUUUAAAGAUUAAGGUCAUGGAAAUAAAUGUGUCUCUUCCUGAUUGCGAAGAAAUAUUCCAACCAAGCCGAAACA